GGCAGACCUCGAAGCCGCACUCGCCCCAGUCCAUGCCUCUCAUAAGCUAAUAACUCUCACCCCGCGUCCUCCAACUUUACUGCUUGAUUAAAAUCACCCCUACGCCAUUUAUGUCUCAGAAUCUUUUUCCUGAAAUCCGCAAGGUCGCGGACGAGACCGAGAAGCUCGCUGACAAGGACAAUACGACCUUCGAGUCGACGACGGAGGACGACGAGCGGCCUGUGCAGGAGAUUGAGUCGCUUUGCAUGCGAUGUCAUGAGCAAGGUGUCACCAGGCUACUCUUAACGUCUAUCCCCUUCUUCCGCGAAGUGGUCAUCAUGUCCUUCCGCUGCGAGUCCUGCGGCUUCCAAAACAAUGAGGUGCAGCAGGCUGGUACUAUUCGACUGGAGGGCGCGGUCUACACCGUUCGAGUUCUGACACGAGAAGACCUGAACCGACAGUUCGUCAAGUCCGCAACAGCAACGAUCCAGAUCCCGGAGUUCGAGCUCACUAUCCCUGCCUCACGCGGUCAACUGACCACAAUCGAGGGACUCAUCCGUGACACUGUGACGGAUUUGAGCGCGGACCAGCCACUGCGGCGGAUUGAGAACGAGGCAGUAUACCAGAAGAUCCAGACCAUCAUUGACGGGCUCAAGGAGGUCCUCGCUGAUCACGAGGACGAGGCCGACGAAGAUGCCACGGGCGAGGUCAAGCUUCCCAAGAAAGCGAGCGAGAAGGACGCGCCGAUGCGGCCGUUCACCGUGCGUCUGGAUGACCCCUCGGGCAACUCGUUCAUCGAGUUUAACGGGAGCAUGGCGGAUCCCAAGUGGAACAUGCGCACGUACCACCGCACAAGGCAGCAGAACAUCGAUCUGGGUUUGAUCAAUCCUGAUGAGCCCGAGGCGCCGCAGGGCGACAGUGAAGCUGAAGCGGAGGAAGGUCUGAAGAACGAAGAGAUCUUCGUCUUCCCUGGAACAUGUUCUAGCUGCGGACAUGCGAUCAACACCCUCAUGAAGAAAGUUAAUAUCCCUUACUUCAAGGACGUCAUCAUCAUGUCUACGAACUGCGAUAUAUGUGGAUACCGCGACAACGAGGUCAAGUCGGGCUCCGCGAUCUCUGCGCAGGGCAAGCGAAUCACGCUCAAGGUUGAGGACAAGGAAGACCUCAGCCGCGACAUCCUAAAGAGCGAGUCCUGCGGUCUGCAGAUCCCCGAGAUCGAACUGGUGCUCCAAGAAGGCACGCUCGGCGGGCGGUUCACCACGCUCGAGGGCAUCCUCGAACAGGUUUACGAGGAGCUCUCGGUGAAGGUGUUCACCGACGCGCGCCGCGGCGACGACAAGUUCGAGGAGUUCCUGGCGAGGCUGAAGGCGGUGAAGAGCGCGGAGCGGCCAUUCACCGUCAUCCUGGACGACCCGCUCGCGAACAGCUACUUGCAGAACCUGUACGCGCCGGAUCCGGAUCCGAACAUGACGAUCGAGACGUAUGACAGGACGUGGGAGCAGAACGAGCAGCUCGGACUCAACGAUAUGAAGGUGGAGGGCUACGAGGAGGACGCUGCGGAGGAGAGCGAAAAGCAGGAGACCCCGGCGGCGCAGUCAUGACCCCUGGUCAGGAAGCUAGAAGAAACCAAUAUGCACUGUACUCAUACGAGCUAUUACUGUAUUGUUAUCCGAUGUAAUACAUGUACAGUGGAUCUCCA